CAUGGAGGACGCGGGAUUCAUCUAUUUUAGGCUGACAGAGUGAAUUCUCACACCGGGGCUUUUGAAGAAGAAAAAAAAAGUCACUGUUUGAAGAGACUCGGAGCAACAAAUAACCUGGAUUUACACCAUCUUCUUUAUCCUCUGAUGUCAAAUAUAAAGAAGACAGAUAAUAACAUGGAAAUGUGUUGCAAGAGGCUACCAGGACGCCAGGACAAAUUCUUACUCUUCAUCUUUUAUUUUCAUCUGUGCAGGAAUAUAGCGGAGGCGAUUCAUCCAGACUGCGCCAUCGUCUCGCAGCACCUGAGGGCUCGUGAGGUGUGCAGCCAGACGAGGAGGAGCGAGGCGCAAAACCAGACCGAGCAAAGCGGAUGUAAUACAGAGUGGGACGGCAUCGGUUGCUGGCAGAGAGCUGAUGUAGGACAUGUGGUCAACAUUUCCUGCUCUGAAGUCUUCCAGCAUUUCUCCAGCAAUCAAGGGCAUGUUUACAGAAACUGUACAGAGGGCGGCUGGUCUGAAAUGUAUCCACACUACGAGGAGGCAUGCACUUUCAGUGACGACAACGAGCCUGAGACUGAGACGAGUUACCUCUCUACAUUCAGACAGGUGUACACUGUGGGCUAUGCCACCUCACUUAUCUCUCUUAUUACAGCCAUUGUGGUAUUCACAGCCUUCAGGAAGUUUCGCUGCACUAGAAACUAUAUCCACGUCAACCUGUUCUCCUCCUUCGUCCUGAGAGCCAGCGCUGUUUUCAUCAAAGACACUGUGCUGUUUGCUGAUGAGAAUCUGGACCACUGCUCAGUGUCCACGGCAGUGUGCAAGUCUGCUGUGGCUUUCUUCCAAUUCAGCAUUCUGGCCAAUUACUUCUGGCUGCUGGUGGAGGGCAUGUAUCUGCAGACGCUACUGGCCCUGACCUUCGUCUCUCAGAGGAAAUACUUCUGGUGGUACAUCCUGAUUGGAUGGGGACUCCCGUCAACAGUUCUUAUACUCUGGGUGUUGACCAGAUUUUUCUUUGACGACAGCGGUUGCUGGGAUGACACAGAAAAUGUUGCUAUUUGGUGGAUUAUUAAAGGGCCGAUAACAGCCUCUCUGCUGGUUAACAUCGUCAUCUUCAUCAAUGUGAUCCGGAUUCUGGUUCAAAAGCUCAAAUCUUCAGCCAUGGCGGGAAACAAUGACACCGGACAUUUCAUGAGGCUAGCUAAAUCCACCCUGUUCCUCAUCCCUCUGUUUGGGAUGCACUACACAGUGUUUGCCUUCUUGCCUGAGAACACUGGAGUGGCAGCGAGACUCUACAUCGAGCUGGGGCUGGGAUCCUUUCAGGGUUUUGUGGUGGCAUUGCUUUACUGCUUCAUGAAUGGAGAGGUCCAAACAGAGCUGCGCAGAUGGUUAUGGAAGUGUCGCAAUCAAAACCAUCUCACCCCUGCAAAGCAAAGUAUCACACAGAUCACGAUUCGAGCCCGUGGGGGUCUCAGGAGGCCUCCUUCUAGCGGCAACAUCUCUACAGUAUGAUUUUAGGAAAUUUUCAAUGACAGAAAGAUGUUGUGGAAAUGUCAGGCAAAACAUCAGAGGCAAAUGCUCAACUCACUGAUGGCAUUAAUUAUACAAAACCUCUGUGAGCAGACAAUAAUGAGCAGAGCACUGGUGAAUGAUUGCGGAAAUGUUGCAUCAGGAUGCAGUAUAUUAGCGUAUUAGUGAAUGGCUGCAUCACAGCAAACGCAAAAGGGUAAAGAAUGCCUGGUGCCAAAUUUGUACAGAUGUUGGGGUAACACUGGAAAGAUGACACCAAACUAAAGACAGAGCUGUCCCUGAGCUUGCAUGAGGAUGAUUUUAAAAGGUUGUGCUUACAGUUUGGACCACAAAAAUGAUCAAAUGUUUGGGACAUUGGGACAGCAGUGGAAACAGUGGACAUGUUUGCUUGGAUAAUUUAUGUAACUCUUAUCUAAAUGUUCUGUGCUGCACUGAACAGAAAGUCAUGUUUAAAAGUAUGUGCAGGACUGAUCUUGACUCAGUAUCCUAAAGGAUUAUUUUUUUUCAACGAUUAACUUGCUGCUACAGCCUUUUUAAACAUGAAGAUUCAGAUGGACCAGAGUGAAUGUAUUUAAUGUUGUGUGUGAUGUGUUUUGUCUUCUUUUUCCCCACCUAGUUUUUGUCUUUAUACUGUUGUUUGAUACAUAUUUCACACAGCAGGUUAUAAGAUAUAAAUAAUAAGAUGCCAGGAUUUCAUGGUAAACUGCCUUAAAUGGUACGGUAGAGCGAGACUAAGCAUUUCAAUUGUAACAGAAACAGUGUCUUAACAUUCAUGUGUUUGUCUGCAGUUUCUCUUAAGCUCAUAGCCCAUUUAUGAUUUGUCUAUUUCUUCAUGGCAGUGAUUUAGAGAAAGGCAGAGUUGUUCAUCCCUGUUCUAUUUAUAUGUAUCUCUGGUCUGUAUAGACCACAAAUAAUGCACUGUAAUGUAAAAUCAAGCACUUCAGCUGUCAAUGCCAGUACGCAUAAAGGUUUAACAUUGGAGGUUUUUUUUUAAUUGUAUAACUGUAUUUCCAUUGUAUCCUGGAUCUGGGGAGUUGGCUUGUGUAGAAAGAAAAACACAGUAAUAAAAGAUAUGAGGUUUGAUAAGAAACA